UCCUCGGAGGUCCAAUGAUCUUUCUCGUUUGGCGUUGCGCAUCUCAGCCUUACUGCAGGUCGCGAAUCCCAGUAACGCUCCACGCUCGUUUGCUACGCUAUUUUGUCAUUGCCAAUUUCUCUUAACAAUCCACGAAUACUUUUCUCAGGGAACAUUGAUACCGAAGACUUCAGCAUAGGAUGUGGCAUGCCAUCUGUCAAUCUAAGCUGCCAUCAACGCCCAGGAAGUGAUUUGCGCUCCGACUCGCCUGGCACAACCAGACUAGGAUCCGCCUUAUACGCAACCUUGACCAUAACUCACGUAACCCCGCGAUACCGCGACUUGAAACCGGGACCUUGUCCACGAACGCGAGCAUUCAUGGUUGGGAUGAGAUCCUCCAUCUGCCAGAGCAUUCGACCUCCUCUCUGCCUCCUUUGAAACCCUUUCCUAGGCCUCGACUUCGGCCAUGGUCUCCCAUACUCAAUCGUCGUCGGACCGGCAAGCGAAUGGCAGAUCAGGGGCUGGGAACGGACAUGGAAAGACGGAGAGGACUCCAGGGACGCCGAGGAAAGAUGGCGGAGCGGGGAAGGAGAAAGCAGUGCAAGAUCCAGGUCUCAAGGACUACCGUCUAGGAGAAUGCCUUGGAAAAGGUGCUUUUGGGUCCGUCUACAAAGCCUUCAAUUGGGGAACAGGAGAGGCUGUUGCUGUGAAGCAGAUCAAGCUUGGAGAUCUCCCCAAGAGCGAGUUGCGAAAUAUUGAGGCCGAAAUCGACCUACUAAAGAACCUUAAUCAUGAUAAUAUUGUCAAAUACCUGGGUUUCGUUAAGUCGUCAGACUGCCUAAACAUAAUAUUGGAGUACUGUGAGAAUGGAUCGUUGCAUUCGAUAUGCAAAAGCUAUGGCAAAUUCCCUGAGAAUCUGGUCGGAGUUUACAUGGGCCAAAUCCUUCUAGGACUGCAGUAUCUCCACGAUCAAGGUGUCAUUCAUCGAGACAUCAAGGGAGCGAACAUUCUCACGACAAAAGAUGGCAAAGUCAAGCUUGCAGACUUUGGGGUUUCAACAAGUACGCUGUCUGGGGCUGACAAGGAAGCCCAAGUUGUGGGAACGCCAUAUUGGAUGGCUCCCGAAAUUAUUCAGUUAUCGGGAGCCACACCUGCCUCUGAUAUCUGGAGUUUGGGAUGCACAGUCAUCGAGCUCUUGGAAGGAAGGCCGCCAUAUCAUAAACUUGCACCUAUGCCAGCACUCUUUGCUAUUGUCAAUGACGACCAUCCCCCAUUGCCGGAAGGUGUUUCGCCUGCUGCUCGUGACUUUCUCAUGCAAUGCUUUCAGAAAGACCCUAAUCUGAGAGUGUCGGCCCGAAAACUACUGAAACAUGCUUGGAUCGUUGGGUCAAGACGGAGUGAUGCUCCCGUGGCGAAACCACCUGCAAAUUUUAAUGAAGCUGUUGAAGAAGUCAAACAAUGGAACGAAGCACUAAAGUCUCCGACAGGAGCGGGAUCGUUUCGUGCGUCCACGAGGUCCAAUGCCGCAAGCCCUAUGCCACCAAGAAGAGAUCCACCGCUUCGAGAUCCUCAUAGUGACCAAAAGCCGACAACACUAAUCACUCCUGCCAAAGGACCUCUUCAACUUGCUAAGCCAAAAAAUCAAGCAGAAGCAUUUCGAUCUCCAGAAACCACAGAAAAUGACAAUUGGGAUGAUGACUUUGCAUCUUCUAUCUCUCCCAGCGCGCUUCACCUUCCUCAGUUCAAGCCUCAUGACAACUUUGGGGGCAUGCUGUCGUCUGACCGCCUGAAAGCUUUUGCAUCGUUUGAAGUACCUAACGAUGAAAAUGACAAUUGGGACAAUAACUUCGAGGGUGAUUUAGUAACCAUCAAAGGACCGCGCAAGAGUAUAGAGCCAGACAGUCAUGAGCUUGAAACGAUUCGACCUUACAAGGUUAAGCCCACCAUUGUCACUCAAAACAAUAAGCCGGCUGUGGCAGUAAAACCUUCUUCGAGGAAGACAUCGAGAAGUGAGCCGCCUAGGCCGAAAUCUCCUGUCAAAGCUCAGGUAGGAGCUAAAGCAGGACCUAAAUUUGUUUUACCUGCAAGACCAGCAGCGAUGUACCGCGAGCAGUCUGUCGAAGAUUACUCGGAUUUGUUUGUCGACAAUGACAGCAUUUUCGACAGACGGCUGAGCAUUAUCAAGGAUGAUGCUCUUUCCCCAAAAUUAUUCCACCCUUCGGAUCUUACAAGCUUGCCACGCUCAGCCCAGUCUCCCGUUGCACUCAAUGGUAGCAUGAGGAGAAAGACUGUUCCUCAAUCUGAAGAUAAAGCCAUGCGGCGGACAAGAUCAUCCGUAGAAAUUCAACGCUACGCUGAAGAUGAGGACGAUGAGGACUUUUCUGAUAUCUUCGGAAAGGACGGUACCAUUGUAGAAAAGGACGAAAGCGAUCGAGGCUCUGAAGAUGGUGUCGGAGCCUUAAUGCUGCAUUCGAAACUCUCUAACAAUUCAUGGCUUGGCGAUGAAGAUGAUGAGGACGAUCCAUUCGCCUCAUUGGAGCAGGGUUUUGAUGAGAUGGAUCUGCAAGCCAACAUUGCUCGUGACAAGCAUGCUAGAUUAUGUACUUUAGUCGAAGGCUUGGUGAGCUCGUUGAAGGUAACAGAGGAGCAUGACCUUAUUGAGGAUGUCUCUGAGCAACUACUCGAUGUUCUGUAUGAGUCAGAAGAUGCGAAGAGUCUCAUCAUUAGCGCACAUGGAAUGCUUCCCAUCCUUGAGAUCCUUGAGCCCUGUACUGUCAAAAGUCGGCAACCAAUGAUCUUGCGACUCUUGAAGGUAGUCAACACAAUCAUUCUCAAUGACGUUGAAAUCCAAGAGAAUUUAUGUUUCGUUGGAGGAAUUCCAAUCAUCACGAAGUUUGCGGCAAGGCAGUACUCCAACGACAUUCGUCUAGAAGCAGCUGCAUUUGUCAGACAGAUGUACCAAACAUCAACAUUGACCCUUCAGAUGUUUGUGAGUGCCGGUGGUCUCAAUGUCCUUGUCGAAUUUCUUGACGAGGACUAUGAUGAAGCUAGAGACUUGGUUUUGAUUGGUGUUAAUGGGAUCUGGAAUGUUUUCGAGCUUCAGGGACCAACACCAAAGAAUGACUUCUGUCGUAUAUUCUCUAGAAGCAAGAUUCUGUCCCCUCUCGCCCUCGUCUUGGAUCGUGUACUUGAUGAGGAAGAUGAGCUUUCCGAACUCAUUGAAGGACGUAUUGUAAACAUAUUCUACCUUUUUUCACAAGCUGAGAAUUAUGUCAAAGAAGUCGUGGCGGAUCGUGUUGUACUCAAACGUGUCCUCAAAGACCUUCGGCGGAUGACUCCAGCACAUCAAAUCACGAUGUUGAAAUUCAUCAAGAAUCUGUCCAUGUUGUCGACCACUCUUGAUAGCCUACAUGCUGCCAAUGCCAUCGAGCUUCUGAUCGAUCUCCUUGGAUCAAGUAUGAAGAAGGACGCCAAUCACUUCCGCGAGAUUUCCAACCAAGUUCUGAACACCAUGUAUAAUUUGUGCAGGUUGAGCAAAGUACGCCAAGAAGAUGCUGCUAUCAAUGGCAUCAUACCAUUGUUGCAGAAGAUCAUGAAGACAAAGAGACCUCCAAAGGAAUUCGCUUUGCCGAUUCUUUGUGAUAUGGCCCAUUCUGGAAAAGUGGGACGAAAGUACUUAUGGCAAAAUAAGGGACUGCAAUUCUACGUCUCACUGUUGGAGGACCAGUACUGGCAGGUCACCGCGUUGGAUGCCAUAUUCAUUUGGCUUCAGGAGGAGACUGCUAAAGUUGAGAAGUGCUUGUUGGAAGGCAACUUCACCGAAGCCAUCGUCAAGUGCUUUAACGCACAUAAAGCCAGUGCAUUCGAUUAUAACCUACUCGAACCCCUACAAAAGCUCUUGCGGCUAAGCUCGCCAGUUGCAGCUUCCCUUGCUCGACCUGAUCUCUUUUCGGGUAUUCUCCAGAAACUCAAUCAUAAGAAAGCUGUAGUGCGAUUGAAUCUGCUGCGUAUCGUUCGUAGCAUAUGCGAUCCUAGCGACGAAGAAGCUGGUAGCAUCCAGUCUCAUCCUCUCUUCGACGAAGUUCAACGUCUAGCUGAGAACGACAACGCCGUUCUGGUCAGAAACAUGGCAAGUGAGCUCGUGAAAGCCAACUUGGACACCAACUCCGAAACCAGCAGCGGAGGACGAUCUCGGCCAGGCCAAGUCAGACGUACCUUCACGCCUCCAUCCUUACAACAUAGCAUGACAGCACCAAUGACACCCACACAUGCCAACCGAGUCUCGCAGUCUUCGGCAUUCAUAGAUGGCAGCGUUACGCCCCGUCGGCUAGCAGCUGGAUCCAAUGGAAGUGAUAUAGUAUAUAGGCCAAGAAGCAGAGAUGGAUCGCAAAUUCAAAUGACACGCAGAACCAGUGGGGAAGUUAUUGGUGGCUCAUCAUUGAGCAAAAGUAGAUUACCGCGAACUUCAAUGCUCCGGGGAUCUAGAUCAUCACUGGCUGCUAUGUCAGUAAGCGAUGAUUCGACAGCAAGAAGAGAGAACGGUGUAAGGUUAAGAGAGCAGUCGCGAUCGGUUGCUGCUUCGCCAGCUCAAUCAUCAGGAGGUACAGCGCCACAGCUGAACUCGAAACGAAGGACGAGACCGCCGAGUGGGGAUAUCAAAUGGUCGUAGAGAUUUACGUGGGCGAUGAGAUGACAGAGAA